GCUCGAGGCCCCGAACCGUUUGGUUUGCAGAUGGCCGACUAUGACGAUAGCAUGUUGUUCAGCGAUGACUCUGGCGAUGAAGAAAAAAGUGACUUGGAAGAGAACGAUCCAAUAGUCAAGGCAGAGCAUCUCUACUUCGAGGCUAAAGACUUGGAGUCCGAGGACCCGGAGGAGAUGCUGAGGUGUUUUGAGUUGGUGCUAGAAACAGAGCCGAGCAAGGGGAAAUGGGGGUUCAAAUCGCUGAAGAAGAUGAUCAAGAUUUUGUAUACGCUGGGCCGUAUGGAGGAAGUGUUAAAGAACUUCAACAGGUUAUUGAAGGAGUAUUCGAAUUUGAUCAUAGGGAAGGAGGAGGCGAUGAACAAGUUGCUUGACUUUAUUCGCAAUUCGCCGCAUAUCACGGAGAUAUACACACAGACGUUCAAGGAGCUUGAGAAGAGAGGGAACAUGAAGGCGAUGUUGAGGUUGGAACUGAGGUAUUUGAAGGUGUUGCUCGACGCGAGGAACUACGAGUUAUUGGAAAAGAAAAUUGUGGAGGUGCACCAGCAUUGCUUGUUGCCGGACGGUGAGGAGGACUUGUCGAAGUCGAACGAGUUGAUAGAGAUGUAUGCGCUGCAGAUAUGUAUGUACUCCGCUCGUGGGAACACAAGGGUGUUGAAGGAGCUCUACGAGAAGGCGUUGAGAAUUAGAGGGUUGUGCAAUCCUAGAGUGACUGGGGUGAUUUACCAAUGUGGGGGGAAGAUGUACAUGAAGGAGAAGAAUUGGCUCGCGGCGAACACGGAUUUUUUUGAGGCGUUUAAGAAUUUUGACGAUGCGGGCGCUCGAGCUCAGAGCACGGAGUGCUUGAGGUAUUUGGUGCUGACGAAUAUGCUGAGCGGGUCCACGAUCAAUCCGUUUCACGAGCAAAGAGCUCGUUCGUAUCAGGACUGCGAGGAGAUAGAGGCGAUGACUUCCCUUGUGGAGGCUUAUCAAAGGCACGACAUUACCGAGUUUAAGAAGAGGUUGCAGGCGAGUUCGGCGCUGCUCUUAAGUGACCCGCUGAUAGCGGAGCAUUUGAACGACUUGAUGAAGGCGCUGCACUGCGGCGCGCUGGUUGAGCGCGUGAGGCCUUACACGCGGAUUGCGCUGUCGUACAUUGCGUCGGAGCUGAGCGUGCCCGUGGAGGAGGUGGAGGCGCUGGUGAUCGAGUUGAUUUUGGACGGAAAGAUCAAAGGGAAGGUCGAUCAGGUGACGCGGGUUUUGAGGCUGGAGAGCAGGAAGGUCAAGGAGAGCCAGUUUGAGGCGUUGACGAGACUUUCUGCGAGCGCGGACGCGCUGAACGAGGCGCUGUUUUCGAACCUCAGGUAGAGUGGCGCGGGGAAAAAGAAGGGGGGGGGGUGGACUUUUUUUUUUGGGUGUACCGCGCGCGAAGCAACGCUUUCUAAAAUCAGUCCGCGCAU